AAAAGGGGAUCGCGCAAUAAUCGUCUGUUGAAAAUUUAACGAAAAUCUCACACAAAUCUCGCUUAAAAUCUCCUUUUUAACUCCUUACCAUCACUGCCAACAACUUUGCAAUAUUUUUGGACCAUCAUUUAUGUGUAAAAUCUUGUCAAAAAUCGAUGAACGAGAAAAAUAAAAAUUUUCCCGCGAAACUCCAUUGUCCCCUCUUGUAAAUAUUUUCUGUAACAAAAAAAAAUUGUAAAUAAAAAAAAUAAAUAAAAAUGAACCCGAGCAAAGAAUUUGUCGAUGGAUGGACAAUCGCACAAACGUUAGGCGAAGGCGCUUAUGGAGAGGUAAAACUUCUCAUUAACUCACAUUCCGGCGAUGCAGUUGCCAUGAAAAUGGUCGAUUUGAAGAAACAUCCCGACGCCAUCAACUCCGUAAAAAAAGAAGUUGCAAUCCAACGAAAUUUGCAACACGUGAACAUUCUCAAGUUCUUCGGGAAACGCUCUCAGGGCGACACGGAAUUCAUUUUUCUCGAAUAUGCGUCGGGCGGGGAGCUUUUCGAUCGUAUCGAGCCCGAUGUUGGAAUGAAUCCGGCUGAUGCGCAACGUUAUUUUCGUCAAUUGUUGUCUGGCGUCGAGUAUUUGCACGAAAAAGGUAUCGCUCAUCGUGAUUUGAAGCCCGAAAAUUUGCUGCUGGAUGAACAUGACAACAUAAAAAUUUCGGAUUUUGGCAUGGCGACCAUGUUUCGGAUGAAGGGGCGUGAAAGAUUGUUAACGACAAAGUGUGGGACGUUGCCAUAUGUCGCGCCGGAGGUACUUUCGAAGCCAUAUGCUGCCGUUCCUGCUGAUAUUUGGUCUUGCGGGAUAAUUUUAGUUACUUUGUUGUCGGGAGAAUUGCCGUGGGAUCAGCCGACAACGAAUUGCAUCGAAUAUCUCGCAUGGGAAUCGAAUAAUUAUCAAUCACGAUCGCCUUGGACCAAGUUAAAUACGCUUGCAAUCUCGUUACUGAGGAAAAUUCUCGCCGUCGAACCCGAACAACGACUAACUUUGAGCAAUAUUAUGCAACAUCGAUGGUGCAUGCAAAAAAUCAAGCAACCCGACGACGAUUUGGAUGUCACUGACUCCGGAACGAACGAACCGCAUCGCAAUAAACGCUUAUGCUCCAAUCAAAAUCUCAUGGGAAGCAACACAGACGACUCGUUAUCGCGAAUGUGUCUUUCGCAGCCGAUGCCGUCGGUGAAUUAUUCCGUUUCUGACGUCAGCGGCGAUUGUGAGGCGCCAAAUAACGCAAGCACGUAUGGCGAUCGCAUCAGUUUCUGCUUCUCGCAACCCACAAUGAUGGAUGACAUGUUGCUUUGCACGCAAAUGAACGCGACGCAAUGCGCGAAUCCAUUCCAGCGACUCGUGAAACGCAUGACGCGCUUCUGUGUGACGACGAGUUUCGACGAAACGGUGCAAAAAUUGACGGAUGCCUUGGAGAAAUUGGGCUUCAAGUACAAGACGCACGAUGAAAAUUUGUUGACAAUUAUGACGACGGAUCGAAGGAAGGCGGAUUUGAUCUUUAAAGCGACUUUGUUGGAAAUGGAUGGCAAAAUUAUGCUCGAUUUCCGAUUGUCGAAGGGUUGCGGGCUGGAUUUUAAACGUGGAUUUAUCAAAAUUCGAGAAACAUUGACGAAAGAAGGAAUCGUUGCCAAAAUUCCGACGGCUUUUGCCUUUGCUUCCAUAUUAGAGAAAUAGUGCGAGUUUUUUUUUACCAUUUUUUCUGUGUAUUAUUUUUACAACAUGACAUUUUUUAUAGAAUAAAAAAAUAAAUAUACUUUUCUUGACGAAAA